AUUCAUACCAGUAAGGACAUUCGUAUAGGGAUAAUCCCCUACUGUGACACUGUCAGCAUGAUUCACUGGAGUACUGCCCAAAGCAGGUCGCAAUUUCUGGCGUUCUCAUUUCCUGGUGUGUUGGUAUAAUCAUCUUCAUCUUCAGCAUAUGUUUCACAUGAGAGCUGAUAAUACGUGCAGCGUUACAGUUCAUCCCGAGGUAGCACUAUUUGCUGGCACCACGAGUUGGACACAAAACACGUUCCAUUGAAGGUUCAGUCAUGUGUGAACGUAGGGUGUGCAGAUCCCAUUGAGUUGGACUUCGCGAAUGUGUAUUUCAGAACGGCUGCAACGAACAAGCACCUUCAAGUUGACAUAAUAGCUGCCUAGAGCUGUAGUGUAAGGAACAUACCGUCAUCGUUAACAGCGACCACAAACGAGAAAAAAAUGGUGCCUUCAAGAAAACGACCACCAUCACUGCUUCCAUCCUCGCCUUGCAUCUCAGCCGCAUCAGCGUCCCUCUUGCUUCACCUCAUCUUGAUGAUAGCGGGGAGAGCAACUCAAGUGGUAGGCCAGCAGCAGACGGUGUGCGCUGACUCAGCGGGCAGCGUAGCGCCACUGUGCCGCUGUACCGUCUCAGACGGCACCAAGACGGUGGACUGCUCCGAGUUGGGCCUGAUGAACGUUCCCGGAAGCAUACCCGACGAUACUAACAUUCUAAACCUCAGUGAUAACUUGAUCGAGGGACUAGCCAGCAGAGUUUUCGCCAAUUUGGUUGACCUUCGCGAACUGUAUCUCGUGCAGAACUCCAUACGUAACGACCUUCUUGACGCAGGCGCAUUCUUCGGACUUACAAGGCUUCGGUUGCUAGAUUUGACCGGAAACCGACUUCAAUUACAGGAUGAAAGUAACGUGCAGCCCUUUCUGCCCUUAGUGCGAUUGAGACAUCUCGAUUUAGGAUACAACAAUAUUGCAACAAUCGACAGAUCGUUUGUCACAGUACUGGACAGACUGCGAAAUCUGUUCAUGGUGGGAAACCCGUUGGUGUGUGACUGUAACCUCAUCUGGUUCAAGAACUGGUUACUCAAUAAGGGUACUCAGCCUGACUUUAGUGCCUUGGGGGUCCAGUGUUUCACCCCAGAGUCAGUGAGACGGGAAACAGUGGAAAAUGCUAGGUUCUGCAUACCGGUUCAGCGCUGCUACUUUUGUAACUCGGCCUCCACCAAUGCCGCCUGUAAUUUUGCCCAACAGCAGUGCUCUGGAACAAACCCGGCCUGCCGGAACGAGGUCCGAAUCGUCAAUGGCAUGUACCUGAUCGGCAAGGCCUGCCAGGCACUGGAUGCCUGCCUGGUCAAUGCUGAACAGAACCAGAACGAUUGCAACGCCGGAACGGAGAACUCUGUGUGCCGCUAUUGUUGCCAGGGGGACCGAUGCAAUGCCCCAGAAUCCGCCAUUUUAAGCGGAUAUCAGUUCCCAUUCCCAAACACGUCACCAACAGCCCAAUCGACUACACUGGACCUUUCAACUACUACUCAAACCCCAUCCACUACUACCCAAACGCCAUCAACUACUACCCAAGCGCCACCAACUACUACCCAAAUUCAAUCAACUACUACCCAAACCCCAUCAACUACUACCCAAACUCCCUCAACUACUACCCAAGCUGUAACCCCUACUGACCAAAUCCCAACAAGUGCCCAACUGCCGCCGACCCUUGAAUAUACACCUCCAAUUGCAUUGCAUCCAGCACCUUUGCGGGAGGAGGUCACCUGCGAGGGUGAUGAUUUCUUCAUCUCUUGCUCAAGUGGCAGCACCAUCGAUGUGCAAUGGGCACUGUACGGCCGAGAAGACCAGAGCCAGGUCUGUCGAACGUACCGAGCACGGCCGUGCGGUGACCCAGCCACCUCUCUCGCCGUAAUCCAGGAGUUUUGUCAGGGGGAGGAACGGUGUGGAUUCCCUGUCAGCAACAGUCAAGUUGGGGGUGACCCAUGCCCUAAUGUUGCUAAAUAUCUGGUUGUACGCUAUUCCUGCAUCGGUGAAGCAACCAGGCCACCCAUCAGACGAACCACCAUGGCAGCAUCUACCAAAUCCACCCCAGUCGUGAGAACCAACCGGCCUGUUCUGUCGCGAUGCCCGGCGGAGGAGACGCGAGGUGAGACGGGCACGUUUGAGUGGCCGGAGACGCUUGCGGGAGAUAUUGCCAUUUUGCCGUGUGCCUACGACCUCAAGGUGGAAAGUGCCACUAGACAAUGUGGAGAUAGCUCGAGUAGUUGGAAUGAUCCGAAUACCAGCGAGUGCCCGACUGCGUCAGCUAUCCUGAAGGCACUGUCCAACGUCACCAUUAUGAGAGAGAAUGCCUUGGAGGUCUCAUUCACGUUGACCGACGUUACCUCAGUCCCGGAUGUCCUGAGACCAAACGAUGUUGCCAACGCUGUCAACACUUUUGAGAAUUUAGCAGAUGCCAUCAAUAGUUACGGCGAAGAUAGUCCGGACGUUUUUGGAAACAUCGUGGAUACCGUGGACCAACUCACCGGAGUGCCUGAUAAUCAGUUGGUGGAAAGUCAACUGAAUGACGACUCUUCAUCAAGGCUGCUGCGCUCCAUCGAUGCGUUCAACCUCGGCGUCCAGUUCCCGUCAAAUGUACUUGAGGAAGACACGCCCUCAGUUGACGUUGUGCUGGUAGACAUCACUGACCCGAUGGACAACGGACUGCUGUUCUACGGAUCAGGGAAAGACCUUGGCAAUGCCCAACCCAAAGUGACAUCGGACUCAACCGGCAAUGCAGAUACGGUCGUAGCUAACAACAGCUCAACGGACGAGAUUGUAAAGGGAUCCAUCUUCCUGCCAAACUCACUCCUGACAUCCGUCGGCAAUCGUCUCUCACGUGUUCAGUUCGUCAUGUAUGAAGAAACUACAUUUUUCGACGUAAUCCAAGCUGCUAGCCGAAACAGAACCCUGUCCAACAAACAUGAGAACGAGGCCAACACCAUCCCAACCACGGACAGUGUGAGAACGACAGCCAGCGCAAUGGCAAACUCGACCAUUGGCAGUACGGCCCCACCCGCCGACUGCAUCGCCGUUUCGUGUCGUGAGGAUUACAAGACCAUUAUUAACAGUGUUAUCAUAUCAGCUGCCGUUGGAGACCUGAACAUUACUAACUUGGACGAACCUGCGACAAUUACCUUCCGUAAAGCAAGAAUGGACGCGGACAACCCCCGAUGUGUCUUUUGGGACGAGACAAAUAAUGAUGGUUGGGGUGGCUGGUCCACUGAAGGUUGCAGCCUGGAUAGUGGUAACGACAUUGAUGACAGCAACGUUGUCUGCAAGUGCAACCAUCUCACCAACUUUGCCAUGCUGAUGGACAUAUAUGACGGUCCUCCUAUCCCGCCAGGCCACCAGCUUGCUCUGUCCAUCAUAUCAUAUAUUGGAUGCACUCUAUCCCUCAUAGGACUGACGUUAACUCUAAUUACAUACACCUGUUGUGGCUCCAAGUCAAGAGCAAAGGUGAACGACAAAAAGUUCACUGGGGACAAGCGGGCCAAGGUCCUGGUCAACUUUGUCAUCUCGCUGAUUCUCGUCAACGUCUUCUUUAUCGCGGGAUCCCUGAUGGCCGAGUACCAGGAGUCCGUGCCGGACGAGCUGUGCGCGGCCGUGGCGAUCUGUUUGCAUUUUUCCCUUCUGGUUGCCAUGGCGUGGAUGGUCAUUCAGGCCUUCAACAUGUACAUGGCGUUGGUCAAAGUCUUCGCGACCUACUACUCUCACUUCUUACUGAAGAUGAUGAUCAUUGGAUGGGGUAUUCCACUUGCAAUUGUUGGAACGACGAUUGGGGUAGACCUCCAAAACUAUGGCAGCAGCAGCGGGCUGUGUUGGUUGAGUGGCCUCUCCUUCUACAUCUCCUUCCUCCUGCCAGUCUGCCUCGUUCUCGUCUUCAACAUCGUCGUCUUCGUCGCGGUCACGUGGAAGCUCUGCCGUCUGCGCAGGAGCAAGAUCAGCACCUCGGACCGUUUUAACGUCGCGGCCCAGCUCCGCGCGACCGUCAGUGUGACCAUCCUGCUCGGCCUGACCUGGAUACUGGGCUUCUUUGCCAUCGGAGCGGCUAGCCUGACGUUCAGCUACCUCUUCGCUGCCUUCAACUCCCUGCAAGGCUUCGCGGUGUUCGUCUUCCAGUGCUUGCUGCAGCGGGAGAUGCGUCAGCGUUGGGUGCAGGCCUGUUGCCCGAACUGCGCUCCCGAGACUGGUGACACUAAGUCAGGUGUGUACUCCACAUCUCGCAACCAGACCACCAGGACGCCCAAUAAUAACUGGAGUAAAGGAACCACAAACACAACAACAGCAGGGACCUCUUGUAUAGACAAUCCAGCCUAUGAGGGUGUAAGUCAACGCUGAGGCUAGAUCGGAUGCAAAAGCAGGAGAAAAAAAA